AAAUGACUGAUGAAUUUGAAACAGGUCCUUUUUAAAUGGAGGGAUUUAUUUUGAUUGAAUAUGAGGGGAAAAGGUGAAAAUCAUAUUCAGUAUUGCUAAACGAGAACUAAAAGUAUACUCCGUAUUGGUUAUUCUUCAUCCAAGGGGAAUAUUAAAGAAACCUGCUUGCAAUAGCAUCUUAAAGUGAUCAUUCCAUUUUGCAGCUAUAUUUUGUCAAUUAAUUUAGUGUCCAACUGUUGGACAUCUUAAUGGCAUGAAAAUGCUGUGUAUUGAAUUUAGGUUUACCAGAUAUCUGCACAGACAAAGGAAGGCAGAGACAAUUGAAAAAUUGACAAAUGGGAGAAGGCACACUCUUUCUUGCAUCUGUUACAAAAAUUAUGGUGAAAAACUACAAAAGCAAAAUGUAUUUAGGUCUACAUGUAUAUGAAUGUCUUCCGGCAUCAUAAAGCCUAGUUUUUGAAUUGCAGGAAUAGGCAAAAUUGAGUUGGAGGAAAAAGCCCUCCGUGAGUAACUGAUUUAGCUGUCAACAGGUUACUUAAGCAAUAAAAGUCAGAGAGCUGAGUUUGUUAACUUUCAGUUUCUGCUUACUAGGGAAGCUCGCAUCACUAAGAAAAGCUGCUUACAAAAAAUAAACCUGUUAAGAUAUUCAACACACUGGACAAUAUUUGUUUUUAAGGCUGCCUGCUGAAUAAAGGAUAUGAGGACUAAAAAGAGGAUAUCCUCCUAUUGCUAGAUGUCAGGUAACUAGUUGAACUCAAGAACUAAAUUAAAACAGUACUGUAACUUCCCAAAAAGAUGGAGGUGGAUAAGAUCUCUAGCUACAUCAGUCUGGGUAAAUGCUGGUACAGAAUGCAAAAAGAAAAGCCAGCAUUUUACAUAGAGGAUAUAUGGAAGCCACAGAAUGGCUAAGAAUGCUAAGCAUUUCUUCGUGUUUGGAAACGUGCUUGGAGGGUUAGGGAAAUCAAACAUCCAAGGAGGGAAUCGAAUUAGGGAAGGCUGUGCUACAGUAACUUUGCUGUUCUGUUCUGCUGUAGGGUGCUAUUUUCCAGGCAAUUACUUGGGGAAUUAUUCCAAAAACGUAACAGUAGAAUGCAGUUCCCCCUAUUAGGACUGACGCAAAAGAAAGAUUGGAUCGCGGUGGGAUGACUGCUAAAUCUCGAGAAUCGAGUAGUGGCUAUUUUAUUGAGAAACGCUAUGAAGUAGACUUGAAAUCCUGGGUUUAGAAAAUUUAGAACUUCGACAUGACCUGAGUUUAGCUCAUAGAAUCAUCUAUUAGAAUGUCCUUCCUGUUGAAGACUACUUCAGCUUCAAUUGCAACAAUACACAUGCACACAACAGAUUUAAGCUUAAUGUUAACUGCUCCAGUCUUGAUUGCAGAAAAUAUGACUUCAAUAACAGAGUUGUUAAUGCCUGGAAUAAACUACCUGACUGUGGUCUCUUCCCAAAAUCCCCAAAGCUUCAAUAAAAAAACUGUCUACUAUUGACCUCACCCCAUUUCUAAGAGGUCUGCAAGGGGCGUGGAUAAGAGCACAAGUGUGCCUACCGUUCCUGUCCUAUUGUUUCCUUUCGUUAUAUCCAAUUAAUAUAGUUAUUACAUACUCAUAUAUAUGCUUAUAUACUGUAUAAUUAUUUCAUGCUUAUGCUUAUAUAUCCUGUGUGACAAAAUAAAAUAAAUAAAUUAAAUAAAUAAAUAAAGUAACUAUUCAAGGAAAAGGGAAUCUGAGUGCGGAUUGUUAAAGAUCGUCGAAGGCUUCCGCCCUUCUUCGCGAAAUGACGACAGAAAUCCGCCCUGCUUUUUCACGGCUUAAGUUUGGCCGCUCCCUGGCGACGCGAGUACAGGAUUGCGAUGCCGCUGGCAGAACUGGCUGCGCGAGUCAACUGCGCGGAAUAUAAAAAUUGGCUGAAGCCCGGGCACAGCCGCCACCUCUGGAAGGUUGCUCUGCAGCGCUUCGCCGAUGAGCAAAUUCACGUCUUCCACCGCCAGUUUAUAGCGAGCGACUCCGCUCACUUAAUCCCGUCAGGUUUUCGGUGUGGCGAGCAUUACAUCCCUCGAGACAAGCAGGUGAGGCUUCCCAACGCGGACCCGGAGCUCUGGCCGUCGCAGGAGCGGAUGACGUCGCGCUACAUGGCCUCUGCAGAAUCGAUUGCUCCCAGUUUGCGCAAUCACACAAGCCUACAUUCAAGAAUCACACAAGCCUACAUUCAGAUGCAGGUUAUGAUAUGUAUUCAAAGAGUUGUUUAUAUUGGUAUUUCUUUUGCUUUGCCGUUUCAACCUAGCUGCUCCUUAUGUAAAGAAUGGAAAAAGGAGAUUUUUGAGCCAUACACACGUAAGAUGAGGGAGAUUUAUUGGGGGAACUGCAGAUCUUGGUUCUGGCCUUCUAAUUCAUGGGAGCUGGCUCAGGCUUAUAUGCCUUGUGGGAAAGGCAAUACUUAUGGUCCUGACAAGUGUGAUGCAUCAGCACUCUUAAACCUUUUCAUUUUCUGUGAUCACUUCAACAAUAUUGACCCAAAGAAAAUCAGAGUGGUAUCCAACAAUGAGAUAAAGUGCCACAAUGAACUAAUGCAUUCUGCAGACAUGAAAGUCUGUUUUUCCUGGCUGAAAGAAUUUGGAAAUCAUGUCCAAAAUUUGCUGACUGAAUUCUACCAGGUUCCAGAGGCUCAGACAGCUUGUCAUAGGAUAGAAAAGGAUUUAAAUAGAUUACAAAUAGUAAGAAAUUUCUUACUAGACAACCAUGAACUUCAAAGUAAUUUGCGAACAGAAAUGCAGAACCUAGAAGACCUGGUAAAAGAAUAGAAUGAUGAAAAAGAAUUGGCAUCCAAGAAGUGAAUUGAUACACGAACAAUCAAGUAUGCACACUUCAAAUAUUCUGCUUGUUUUUUUAUUUCAGCAAAAUAUUUAACAUUUCUCCCAUUUUAUGAAGUUAUAGAAGAAAGUAUCAAAAAUUUAAGGUGACUUUUUGCUUAAAUGCAUGAAGGUAGAACAUUAAUAGGGAGGCAAGAUACUAUUUUUAAGAAUGAAAAGCAGAAGAAAUUGGUUUAAAUAAAUGUAUAUUUCUUAUUUUCAGGUGUGCUUCUUUUAGGAGAGUGGUGCCAGUGAUGAAUGAAAGCAAGAGCUACAGCUACAGUUAACAACUCCCUAAUGCUUUGCUAUUUUUAGAAGUUACAUCUCAAGACAGAAAACCUUCUGCAUGCUUGUCUUUGGUUGGCCAACAGUCUCCGUAUCUUGUGCUUGCCUGUGCAAGCAUGUUUUCUAUUUUCCAGCAGAGCACAGCUCCAUUUGCGUUACAUAUCAUUUCCAUAAUUUCUUCAAAUUC